UGCACACUGCUUUGGUAUUGUGCCCGGGACUGAUGAUCAUAAAUCAGAGAGGGAUGUGUCAGGCUUGAAUGAAACUCAACCCGCUCGCACCACACACCCCCGGGGGGAACAUUUCUCCUCACUUCUGAACAGAGCUCAGGUGUGUCUUUACAUGCCGAAACUCUCGAUGUCAUUACUGCUCAAACCACAGCUCGGCACAGCCAUAGCUGUAAUGCUGUAAUGAUCACUGUUGGCACCCCGCUGAUCUUGGUCUUGUAUCUGGUGGGGGUUGUCCAGCCACAAGAUGACUGUAAUGGCAUUUCCUGUCACCCCCAAUUGGGUGACCUCAUGGUGGGGCGCAACGCUCAGCUUUCAGCAACCUCCACCUGCGGACUGGAUGGGCCCCAGAAAUACUGCAUCUUAGGAUACUUGGAGGAUGAACAGAAAUGCUUCAUCUGUGACUCCAGGCACCCAUACAAUCGCUAUAACAACCCUAACAGCCACCAGAUCGAGAACAUCAUCACAACCUUUGACCCAGAGCGCAAGAUGAAAUGGUGGCAGUCAGAGAAUGGUGUUCAUCAAGUCAGUAUCAAAUUGGACUUGGAAUCACUCUUCCAGUUCAGCCACCUGGUUCUCACAUUCAAGAGUUUCCGUCCCGCCUCAAUGUUGGUGGAAAGGUCUAAAGACUAUGGAAGGACCUGGAAGGUGUUCCGUUACUUUGCGGAGGAUUGUAGGUUGUCCUUUCCUGGAAUCUCAGAGGGACCGGCCGACAGCGUGGAUGAUGUCAUCUGUGACAGCCGAUACUCGGGGGCGGAGCCUUCCACAGACGGGGAGGUUGUGUUAAAGGCCCUGGAUCCCAACUUCCGGAUAGAUGACCCCUACACUCCUGAAAUACAAGACCUCAUCACCAUGACGAACCUGCGCGUGAACUUCACACGCCUGCUCACCCUGGGCGACACGCUGCUGGGUCGGAAGCGGAGGAACCCUGAGGAGAAGUACUACUACGCCCUGUACGAGAUGGCGGUGCGGGGCAGCUGCUUUUGCAACGGGCACGCCGCCCAGUGCGUGCCCGCAGAGAGCACCCGCGGGGACGUCUUCACAGAGCCCGGCAUGGUUCAUGGUCGCUGCGUCUGUCACCACAACACAGCAGGGAAUAAUUGCGAGCGAUGCCAAGACUUUUACAACGACACCCCCUGGAGGCCAGCUGGACAGUCAGAUUCGUCAGCCUGCAAAAGGUGUAACUGCAAUGGCCACUCAGACCAGUGCCACUUUGACAUUGCGGUUUACCUGGCCAGUGGGGAGGUCAGCGGGGGCGUCUGCGAUGACUGUAGGAACAACCGGGUCGGGAUUCACUGCGAAGAGUGCAGCCCUUUCUUUUUCCAAGACCCCCGUGUACCCACCGAUCAUCCAAAUGCCUGCAUCCCGUGUGACUGUGACCCAGAAGGCUCGCUGAAUGGUGGGCUGUGUGACCCCAACACUGGCCGGUGUGUCUGCAAGAACAACGUGGAGGGGGACAGGUGUGACCGUUGCAAAUAUGGAUUUUUUGGAUUGAAGCAGGAGGAUCCCGAUGGUUGCCAGGCCUGCAGGUGUAAUGUUCUGGGCAGCGUUCAGACACCAUAUCCAUGUGACCAGGUGACAGGGGUGUGCAUAUGUCAACGGCUUGCCAUCGGACCACUGUGUGACCAGUGCCUGCCAGGUUACUGGGGCCUGGGAAACACUGUGCACAGCUGCUCUCCCUGUGACUGUGACAUUGGAGGAGCCUACAACAGCAGGUGCAGUCCGGUGGAUGGUCAGUGUCAGUGCCUUCCCAACAUGAUGGGGCGCACCUGCAAUGACCCUGCGCCCGGGUACUUCCUGGCCCCGCUGGACUUCUAUCUGUACGAAGCGGAGCGUGCCGCCCCCAUUGAGCGCCGCGGCUCCUCCUUGGCGAACCCCACUUUGAUGCCAGAGUGUGAGGAAUAUUACCGGGAGAGGGGGUAUGACCUCAAAUACCGUGAUGGGCAAUUCGUCCUCGUCAAGAGAACCAAACGCAGGGCUCGGCAGAGGAGACAGAGCUCCAUUCCUGUGGAGCGUGGUUCAGCCCAUCAGCUUAUUCCCCGACAACGGACAGAAGGCCAAGCGGUCACGUGGACCGGACCCGGUUUCGUGCGCGUCCAGGAUGGGGCGGGGCUAAGGUUUACCGUCAACAACCUACCCGCCUCCCUGGACUACGCCUUGAUCAUCCGCUUUGAGCCGGAGACCUCGGACAACUGGGCGGCCAUCGUGAAAGUCCUCCUCGCUGGAUUGCCCGGUGAUGAGGUCUGUCCCGCCCCGGGGGAGAAGCAAACCGUCGUGCUUUCUGGUUCUGGCAGAACCUCACUCCUGGAUCCCUUCAUGUGCCUGAACCAUGGAGGAGAGUACCACAUCGACAUUGUCUUCGAACAACGCACUAACGAUGACCCACAGCCCAGCGCAUUCAUCCUCAUAGACUCGAUCGGGCUCGUCCCGAAGAUCGACUCCCUGCAGAACUUCUGUUCGGACCUGAGCCUGGAUGAAUUCCAGCGGUACGGGUGCAUUGGGCUGGGGGUAGACGUGGGGCUCCCGGUCCUGCCCGAGGUGUGUGAGAAGCUCAUUAUCAGCAUGUCAGCUCGGAUCCACAAUGGCGCUGUUCGCUGCAGGUGUAAUGCUGAGGGUGCUGUCAGCACCUCAUGCAGUAAGCUGGGUGGACAGUGCCAGUGCAAACCUAACGUGAUUGGCCGCUGCUGUGACUCCUGCGCUCCCCAAACGUUUGGGUUCGGACCUGACGGCUGCACACGCUGUGACUGCAACCCACACGGCUCCAUAGAGCAGCUGUGUGACCAGGUGAGCGGCCAGUGUUCGUGUCGGAAGGAGGUGACCGGUCGGCAGUGUGAUCGGUGUCUGCCUAGGCACUUUGGCUUCCCCCAGUGUCGGCCAUGUCAGUGUAAUGCACUGGCAGACCACUGCGACCCCACCACUGGAGUCUGCCUGGCCUGCAGUGGCCACUCCACUGGACCCAACUGCGAGAGGUGUGAGGAGGGUUACUAUGGCGACCCCGCCUCCAGGGAACCAUGCGAGCCCUGCCUGUGCCCUGGCUCACAGACCAGCGAGCGUUUCUUCGCCCAGUCCUGCAGCAAAGACCCCAACACCCAGCAGGUCCGCUGCAACUGCAACCCAGGACACACAGGUGCACACUGCGACGUCUGUUCCCCUGGUUUCUAUGGUGACCUGACAUUACCGGGCGAGCGCUGUGACGAGUGUCCCUGCAACAACAACAUCGACCCCCUGGACAGGAACGCCUGCAACUCGGUAACGGGCGAGUGCCUCCGCUGCCUGCACAACACCACCGGGCCCCAGUGCCAGAGCUGCAAGCCGGGUUACUAUGGAGACGCACUGGCCCAGAACUGCAAAGCAUGCUCAUGUGAUCCCCGGGGGACAGAGAUCACUCUAUGUCCAGUGGGAAACCCCUGCCGGUGUGACCAGCUGACAGGAAACUGCACCUGCCGGACAGGAGUGGUUGGCGCCCUUUGUACCGAGUGCGCCGAUGGGUUCUGGAACUUCGAGGGCGCAUCCGGGUGCCAGCCGUGUGACUGUGACCCUACCAACUCCCUCAAUAACCACUGCAACAAGACCACAGGACAGUGCCAGUGUCGUCCUGAGUACGGGGGGAAACAGUGCGAUGAGUGUGGAGAAAAUUACUUUGGGAAUCCUGACCUCCAGUGUAUAUCCUGUGACUGCAACAUGGAGGGCACGGGACGUCCCGCGUGCGACUCCUACACGGGCGAGUGCAUAUGCCGCCCGGGGGUGACGGGGAUCUUCUGCGACGAGUGCGCCCCGGGCUACGAGUCCACGUUCCCCAAGUGCGCCCCCUGCCACCCCUGCUCGCUGCUGUGGGCCGGGAACGUGACGGACGUGAAGGCCGCCGCGCAGAAGAUGCGCUCUCUCGUCCCGGGCCCCGGGGACAGGCCGCAGCCCGACUACGAACCCCAGUUCAAACGGAUGAAGAAGAAGCUCGCCCAGCUGGCCGAACUGGUCGACCGCUCCAGCCUCUCCCAUCCAGAGAUAAUGGACGCGGAGAAGCUGUGUAAACGCAUACAGACGUUAAAAGACUCAAUCGAUCCCCAUGUGAUCAUAAUCGACAAGACAGCACUCCUGAACACUGAUAUUGAUAACAUCAAAUAUGAGUUCAGCAAAUUGCUGGAUAGAUUGAUCGAAAAAAUCAAACCGAUCGGCCCCAAAACAGAUCUAAAAGAGGUGACGGAGGCCCUGGAGAAGAUCAAGAAAUACCACGCGAAGGAUGUGGAGGCUGAGAAACAGAUGAAACAGGCCAAGGCCAUGCUGGAGUCCUCCAAGGACAAGCGGCGGGAGGCCAAAGACAGACUGGACCGCUGCAACAGGAAAGACUGGGCCAGCCUGGAGAGGAUGAUAAAGUCCCUGAGCGUGUCUGACCUCAACGAGGAUAUCUGUGGGGCUCCGGGAGACGCUGAAUGCUCGGAGGCAAAGUGCGGUGGGGCUCUGUGUAAAGAUGCCUUGGGGGCCCGGAAGUGUGGGGGUCCCAACUGCAAGGGCAGCCUACCUGUGAGUCAGGACGCCACAAAAACCACAGAAAAGACGAAGAACGCCAUCUUGGACCUUCUCCGCAAGCUGCGUGACUCGACCGCUGAGAUCAGUCGGGCAAAACAGCAAGCCCAGGACACCAAGGACCAGGCAGAGAAGAUGAUGAAGAAGAUCGAUGACAGCAAGGAGAAGUUUGAGAAGGAGAAGAAUGGCACCAAAGAUCUCAUAAAACGUGUCAAGGACUACCUCAAAGAUGAGAUGGUGACACCAGAGGACAUUGAGAAAGUGGCCAGGGCCGUCCUGGCAAUCAACCUUCCGGCACCCCCUGAUGCAAUCCGGGCCAUGAUUGAGAAGAUCCGGGACGUCCUGGUCAACUGUAGCGACCUGCAAGAGAACCUGAAGAAUUUGCAGGACCAGGUCAAAACUGCCCAGGAUCUGUUGGAGAAAGCCAAGGAGGUCCAGGACAAAACUAAGAAUAUUGAUACCGGCAACAUAAAGAAAGCAAUAGAAGAUGCAGAAAAGGCACAGGACGUGGCCAAGAAAAAUCUGGAGGAGGCGGAACGUGACAAGGACACCCUGGACAACAAGCUGAAAGAGAUUGAAGGGAAGUUGAGCAACACAGAGAUUAAUUUGGACCCCCAGAGGAUUAAAGACCUGCUGGAUGCAACUGAGGCCCUGAAGAAUAAAACGGAAAUGAACAGACAACAAGCAAAGGAUGCGAAGGCUGCAGCUGAUUCUGCUCAAGCCGAUGCCAAAGACGUUGAGCAGGACCUCAAGAAUGUGACUGAUCUCUUUGAAACCUUAAAGAAGAUGGGACCAAAUCAGAGUCCCGGUAGUGGUGAAGUCAAUGACAGAUUGAAAAACAUUACAAUGGAAGCAGAAAAACUUGCAAAGGAGGUUCAAGACAAAAUGCAACAAGCUAAUGACCUGGAAAAAAGAAUUGAAGACCUUGUGAAAAAAAAGGAUGAAAAAGAAGAGGAAGUUGCCAAACUUCUGGAGGAAGCCAAGGCACUCAGGAUGGACCUUGCGGAACGAGCUGCAGUCUACAUAAACUGCUAGUCCUCAUGGAUGGAGGACUAAAGUAGCCUGAGAAAUCACCAUGGGUUAACUAAGCUAAUUAGUUUUAUUUACAUGUUCCAUUUGUCAUUAUGGACAGUGACAAGAUGUAACCUUAAUGGUCCUUAGGUUAUAUUCGUGCCAUUGUUUCCUGUUCAGGCAACAGAAGUGCAUUGUGGUUUGUGUUUCAAGUGUAUUGUGGAUUUGCUUACUUUUAGAAAUAGAGAAAGUAUGUGUGUGUGUGUGCAUUUGUGCGUGAGUGUGUGUGUGUGUGAGAGAGAGAGAAAGAGAGAGAGAUAGAGAUAGAUAGAAAUACGCAAUAAUAAUAUCACAUGUGCUUCACUUUGACACAAAAGUGUGGUCUAAUUAGGCCUAUAGACACCUUAGUCUGUAUUGUAAAUCUUUUAUGUUCUGUGACUCAUGCCUAAGAGAAAUUCUCUGUGUUACCACAAGGAGGUGUUAUGUGACCAUCGCCGAAUAAGCUUGACAUGAGGAUGAAUAUUGUUCAUAUUGUCAUACUGCUUUUCUUAAUUAUAUUUCUUAUUUUCUGAAAGAGUGUGUAAUUGUAGUUCAAUGAGAUUCCUUUUAUUUCUUUUAAAUGAAAUGAAAGUAUCCAUCCAUGCCAAAAUGUAUAAUAAAAACAAUAAGGUUUGGAGUAGCUCCAGCUGUUCAGGAAUGUUUUCCAUGUAAUUACUUUGAACUGUAAUUUUCACACUGGAAUGAGCUUGGUAUAUUAUGGAAUUAAAUCAAGCCUACUACACCA